AUGGCUCGUACCAAGCAAACCGCCCGCAAGUCGACCGGAGGAAAGGCUCCAAGAAAGCAACUCGCCACGAAGGCCGCCCGUAAAUCGGCGCCAACCACCGGUGGAGUCAAGAAGCCACAUCGCUAUCGUCCAGGAACCGUCGCUCUCCGUGAGAUUCGUCGUUACCAGAAGUCGACUGAGCUCCUUAUCCGCAAGCUCCCAUUCCAACGUCUCGUCCGUGAGAUCGCUCAGGACUUCAAGACUGAUCUCCGUUUCCAGUCGGCCGCUAUCGGAGCCCUUCAGGAGGCAUCUGAGGCCUACCUCGUCGGCCUGUUCGAGGACACCAACCUGUGCGCCAUCCACGCCAAGCGCGUCACCAUCAUGCCAAAGGACAUGCAACUCGCCAGACGCAUCCGUGGAGAGCGUGCCUAA